GGCUUCUGGCGUUGCGAUCUUCUGUAAGACAAGAGGCUAGGAUCCUGCAGUUUUGCGUAAGGUACCGUAAAAGAAACUGAUGCAAAUACUACUAUAAAUGAAGUUGCACUAACACAAUGAUGACAUCUGAAAUAAGAUUAUUUCUGUCAUGGGUUGUGGGACGAGUAAAGUUCUCCCUGAACCUUCAAAAAACCUCCAGCUGGACUUGGUGAAAAAAGUGGAACCUUGUUUGGACUCAAAAAGUGACCAAUAUAAUACUUUUAUCACAGACACAAGCCAGACAUUUGUAAAGGAUGAUUACCUAUGUCACUCAUUGCAGAAUGGCGACUCAAAGUGUCAUGUGGAAAGUACUCACUUAAGGAGACAUAAAAUUGCUAAGUACAGGGCUAAGUUUGACCCACGUGUAACUGCAAAAUAUGACAUAAAAGCUCUUAUUGGACGAGGUAGUUUCAGUCGUGUUGUAAGAGUAGAACAUAAGGCCUCUAAACAGCCGUAUGCUAUUAAAAUGAUUGAAACAAAAUACAGAGAAGGCAGGGAGGUGUGUGAAUCUGAGCUUAAUGUUCUGAGGCGAGUUCGACAUACCAACAUUAUUCAAUUGAUUGAAGUAUUUGAGUCACAGGAAAGGGUUUAUAUGGUUAUGGAGCUUGCAACAGGUGGGGAACUUUUCGACCGCAUUAUUGCCAAAGGCUCAUUCACUGAAAGGGAUGCCACUCAUGUAUUACAGAUGGUUCUGGAAGGUGUGAGAUAUUUGCAUGCACUAGGGAUCACUCACAGAGAUUUAAAACCUGAAAACCUUCUUUACUAUCAUCCUGGUAUUGACUCCAAAAUAAUGAUAACAGAUUUUGGACUUGCAAGUGCUCAAAAAAAGGGGGAUGACUGUUUAAUGAAGACAACCUGUGGAACACCAGAAUAUAUUGCACCAGAAGUUUUACUAAGAAAGCCCUACACAAACUCUGUAGACAUGUGGGCUCUUGGAGUCAUUUCUUAUAUUCUUCUAAGUGGAACUAUGCCAUUUGAAGAUGAUAACAGGACCAGGUUAUACAGACAAAUACUAAAAGGGAAGUACAGCUAUUCUGGAGAGGUAAGAAAGUUGUGUAAAUUAUUAAUAGUGUACUUGGCAUGUAGCAUUGAACUGGGCUAGGUAUUUUACUGUUUUAGAGGCCAAGAAUUUUGUGAUCAAUUUACAAACAAGAUAAACAUUCAUAAAUAUUAGUAAAUAAGGACAUUAUCAUAAUUCUACCUAUUAAACUCAAAAAAAAA